AUGGAAGUGAAACGUUUAAGUACAAACAUCUGCACUUAUGCGUGCAUUCCAAGUGAGAGACAUUAGAGUGAAAACACUGGAGGAGAACGUUAGUGUGGUGUUUGUUCUGGAGGUAGUUUAGGUGGUAGGAGGCAGGAGGGAAUGUUGGGGGUGUAGAAGAGGGCGAUAGUGUAGUGUACUGUAUGUGAGGUCAGCUCUAAUAAUACUGAUCAGCUCUGUUCAUGGACAUCGUGCUGUAUCAUUCUGGAGUAACGAAAGCAGUGUGGUGGAGCUGUGAGUGUGUAUUCGGGAUGUGAGUGAGAUGGGUGUGUGUUUGUUGGAUUUGCUGGUGUUUGGUGUUCAUCUGCUCUCCUGGAUUCCGCUGAUCGGACUGGCUGUGUUCAUCUGGCACUACACUCGCACAAACACUCAUUAUGGCAGUGCGGUAAACGAUGGAAAACAUAUUUCUGAAAAUUCUACAAAUGGUGACAUCACACAGCAUGGAGCUCCAGGACGGUUCUUCACAAUGCAGCCAGCACACGUGGACCCCACCAAGAUGGGUGUGGGGAAGGCCAUCGCUGUCCUCACCUCUGGAGGAGACGCUCAGGGUAUGAAUGCUGCUGUUAGAGCUGUGGUGAGAGUCGGCAUCUAUACCGGUGCAAAAGUCUACUUUGUACAUGAGGGUUAUCAGGGUUUAGUGGAUGGAGGAGACCACAUCUGUCCAGCCACGUGGGAGAGUGUAUCCAUGAUGCUGCAGCUGGGUGGCACGGUGAUUGGAAGCGCCCGCUGUCAGGAUUUCCGUACAAAGGAGGGUCGGACCAGGGCGGCGUGUAACCUGGUGAAACUGGGCGUCACUAACCUGUGUGUGAUCGGAGGAGACGGCAGUCUGACGGGAGCGGAUCAGUUCCGCUCGGAGUGGAGCGAGCUGCUGCAGGUCCUGCUCAAAGCAGGUAAGAUCACAGGUGAGGAGGCCAAGCGUUCCUCUCACCUGAACAUCGUGGGGAUGGUGGGCUCCAUAGACAACGAUUUCUGCGGCACAGACAUGACCAUCGGAACAGACUCGGCUUUGCACAGGAUCAUGGAGGUGGUGGACGCGAUCACAACCACAGCACAGAGUCAUCAGAGAGCCUUCAUUCUGGAGGUGAUGGGUCGGCACUGUGGGUAUUUGGCAUUAAUAACUGCUCUGGCGAGUGGCGCUGACUGGGUUUUUAUUCCGGAGAUGCCUCCAGAGGAAGGCUGGGAGGACCACCUGUGCAGAAGAUUAGCUAAUCAAAGAAGUCUUGGUUAUCGUCUUAACGUCAUCAUCUUGGCCGAGGGCGCCACGGAUCGCUGUGGGAAGCCCAUCACCUGUGACAUGGUGAAGAAUUUGGUCACUAAGAAGCUGGGCUUUGACACCCGAGCCACUAUCCUGGGUCAUGUACAGAGAGGAGGGACUCCUUCAGCCUUCGACAGGAUCCUGGGCAGUCGGAUGGGCGUGGAGGCGGUGAUGGCACUGCUAGAGGCCACUCCAGACACUCCGGCGUGUGUGGUCAGCCUGUCAGGGAACCAGGCCAUCAGGCUGCCCCUCAUGGAGUGUGUGCAAGUGACUAAAGACGUGACAAAAGCCAUGGCCGAGGGCAGGUUUGAAGAGGCGAUUAAGCUUCGGGGAACGAGUUUUGAGAACAACUGGAACACGUAUAAACUGCUUGCUCACGUGAACCCUGCUGAUGUGAAGAGUAAUAUAAACAUCGGCCUGAUGAACACUGGAGCUCCGUGUGCAGGUAUGAACGCAGCUGUACGUUCUGCAGUCAGGACCGGGAUCCUACAGGGACAUCAGAUGCUGGCUGUACACGACGGCUUCGAGGGACUCGCUUACGGAAAUAUUGAGCCUAUCACCUGGUCUACUGUUGGGGACUGGACCGGACAGGGUGGUUCUAAUUUGGGAACUAAGAGGACGUUACCAGCCAGUCUUUUGGAGGAAAUCAGUCUGAAUAUCACUAAGUUUAAUAUCCAUGCUCUGAUUAUUAUUGGGGGAUUUGAGGCAUUUGUAGGAGGAUUAGAGAUUGUGACUGGAAGAGAGAGAUAUGAGGAACUGUGUAUUCCAAUCCUUAUUAUUCCUGCCACUGUGUCCAAUAACGUUCCGGGAUCAGAGUUCAGCAUCGGAGCUGAUACAGCUCUCAAUACUAUUACAGCUACAUGUGACAGGAUAAAGCAGUCAGCAGCUGGGACUAAGCGCAGGGUGUUCAUUAUUGAGACAAUGGGAGGAUAUUGUGGAUAUCUGGCAACCAUGGCAGGCCUCGCUGCAGGAGCUGACGCUGCUUAUAUCUAUGAAGAACCGUUCCGCAUCCGGGACCUAAAGAUAAAUGUUGAGCAUUUGGUGGAGAAGAUGAAGACCACGGUGAAAAGAGGCCUCAUCCUCAGGAAUGAGAAGUGUAACUCCAACUACACAACAGACUUCAUCUUUAACCUGUACUCUGAGGAGGGUCAAGGAGUGUUCGACUGCCGAAAAAACGUCUUGGGACACAUGCAGCAGGGUGGAACUCCGACACCAUUUGACAGGAACUUCGGCACUAAGAUGGGAGCGAAGGCGGUGCUGUGGGUGACGGAUAAACUGAAGGAGUGUUACAGACACGGACGUAUCUUUGCCAACGCACCGGACUCAGCCUGUGUCCUGGGCCUGAAGAGGAGAUCUCUGGUGUUCCAGCCUCUGACUGAGCUCAAGGAGAACACUGACUUUGAGCAUCGUAUCCCGAGGACUCAGUGGUGGUUAAGCCUGAGGCCCGUCCUGAAGAUUCUGGCCAAGUACAAGAUCAGCCUGGAGAUCUCUGAGAAGACCAGCAUGGAAAGCGUUAUCAAGAAGAGAGGAGUGGUGUAGACACGUCUCUGACGAUUCACAGUUUCCAUCUGAAAACCACACCGUUUUUUCAUCUGCGCGUGUGUGUGUGCGCGUGCGUGUGUGUGUGUGCAUGCUUACCCACUUCCUACUUCUGUCCUACUUAUCUUUAUCUUUCAGUCUGUUUUUCUGGGUGAGUUAGUGUGUGUGAGUGUGUCUGUGUGUGAGUGUCUGUGUGUGAGUGUGUCUGUGUGUGAGUGUAUGUGUGUGAGUGUAUGUGUGUGAGUGUAUGUGUGUGAGUGAGUGUGUGUGUGGAACUUGUUACGUCAGGAGACGUAUUGUGUGUGUGUGUGUGCGUGUGUGUGCGUGUGUGUGUGAGCGCUCUCUCUCUCCCUCCCCCUGUUUUGCUCUCACAGGUUGCUACGCCCAAAUUCGACGUGCUGCACCGGGAUUGGAGAGGAAAAGAUUGGGCGUUGAUUUAAAAGGCGGAAGAACGAUGUGUCGGGGAAUGAGGAAUCGGAUGUGUGGCGUAUCUGAUAGUGUGCAUACCUUUGAAUAGCAAAUAUUUGUGAGAUCGCUUGCUUGUUGUGUUGUGAGUGAGUGGCAGAAUCUGUGUUGUCCCAUUCCCCCGUGUUGUUUUGUGUUGUGGCUGAGUGUACGCCUCCAUUGUAAAUAUCGUCUUGUAAUUAUUACUUUUCUUCUAAUCACGAAAGCAGUAGGGACUGGGUGCCAUUUAUUUUGGGUGUAUCUUUUGUUCGCUGUGUUUACCUUAGUUAGGGAGUCAGGUAAGACUCUGUAUUUUCUUUUGAACUACCCUUUUUUUUGUUAGGUAAUUUAAAGUGAUACAGGGCAAGUUAUUUACGGUUCUGUUUGUUAUUUUGGCCUUGCCCAGCCCUGAAGACAUUGGCUUUCUUAGUGACUGUUUGUUUUGGAUUAUCUUUCUUUCUUUCUUGUAAUCAUUAAAUUUGUAGAUAUCAAAGAUUUGAAAGACGUGUGUCUACCUUAUUGUUAUUUUUUUGUUUAUACUUUCUUUUGUGUUACACCUCGACCCUAGACUGGGGUCAUAACAUAAAUUGGGGGCUCAUCUGACCCUGUAAAUUGGGGGCUCAUCCGACCCUGUAAAUUGGGGGCUCAUCCGACCCUGUAAAUUGGGGGCUCAUCUGACCCUGUAAAUUGGGGGCUCAUCCGACCCUGUAAAUUGGGGGCUCAUCUGACCCUGUAAAUUGGGGGCUCAUCCGACCCUGUAAAUUGGGGGCUCAUCUGACCCUGUAAAUUGGGGGCUCAUCUGACCCUGUAAAUUGGGGGCUCAUCCGACCCUGUAAAUUGGGGGCUCAUCUGACCCUGUAAAUUGGGGGCUCAUCCGACCCUGUAAAUUGGGGGCUCAUCCAUCCCGUCAUAACAUAAAUUGGGGGCUCAUCUUUUGUUCCACAAAGUCAUCUGUGACACCCUUCUUGUGGCUGUACGUAGGGUAAGUCAUUUCACUACUCUUUGCUUGGCUAUUUUCCUUGUGGUGUGGAUAAAAAGGGUGGAUAAAUAUGGAGUUUUAUUUACUCUCCUUUACACUAUCUCCAAGCAUGGAGCAGUUUGAACGUUGUCGCAAAAAUGACUUAUUUAAAAUAGCAGACUUUUUUCAAAUUAAGGUACCGCGGACUGUAACUAAGAAAGUGGUUAAAAAUCUGCUACAGCAGGAACUUAUUCGACAACAGAUUUUGCCUGAACUGUCUGUCGUGAUUGAUAUGGAAGAGGGAGCUGUUGCGCAGAUUAGAUCUGAUGAAAAGCCUCCUCCCCCUCCACAAAUGUCACCUGGAAUUCCUAGAUUUCCGCUAUUUGCGCCACCCAGUAGCUCGUUGAUGGUACCACAGUGUGACCCACUAUUGGCAUUGAGAAUGAAAGAGUUGGAAUUGGAAGUUAAACGGGAGGAAAGUGAGACAAAAAGACUUUUGUUAAGGGAGUUGGAGUUGGAAUUGGAGCAGGAACGGUUUCGAAAAGCUCACAGUCGGCCUCACCGGGCUCAGGGCUUGUUGGAUAGUUCCCCAGCAUCUCCUUCAUUCGCUCAAUUACCUGCAGCUCCCAUGCCUGUCUCUUCCAGUCCUGUUGUUCCACAGGCGGAAAACUUGCCAGUAUUGGAUGUCAGUAAGCAUAUUAAUUUGGUACCUAUAUUUAGAGAAGCGGAGGUAGAUAGCUAUUUUACAGCUUUUGAACGUGUGGCAGCUACAUUGCAGUGGCCAAAAGAGAUGUGGGCUCUUCUGUUGCAAUGUAAGUUAGUUGGCAAAGCACAGGAAGUUUGUUCUGUAUUGCCAGUGGAGCAGAGCCUUGUUUAUGAUGUGGUGAAACAGUCUGUUCUCCGUGCUUAUGAGUUAGUGCCUGAAGCAUAUAGACAGAAAUUCAGGGCCCACAGGAAAUCAGACAAGCAAACUUUUAUGGAAUUUGCCAGAGAGAAACAAACUCUGUUUGAUAAAUGGUGUACUGCUAAUAAGACUACAACUCUUGAAGCUUUGAAAGAGCUUGUGUUAUUAGAAGAUUUUAAGAACUGUCUUCCAGAAAAUUUAGUCAUUCAUUUAAAUGAGAAAGAGUGAUGUCUCUUUCUGCAGCCGCUGUACUAGCGGAUGAAUUUAUACUAACGCAUAGGACUGUUUUUCAUCCAGUGUUGAGAAGUGAUAAGUCUACUGUUCAUGAGGUUGACCGACAGGGAAAAGGUUGGACUACUGCUGUCAAGUCCAGACGGGGAAAUGACAAUGGGAGUCCUAGAGCUGCUCAAAACCGCUCAGUAAAUGGUAGAGUGUGUUUUUACUGUCUUCAAGCAGGUCACCUUAUUGCUGAUUGUGAAGUCUGGAGGAAGAAGAACAGUCCAGUUAAGCCUGAAAGUGUGGGUUUUGUGCAAACUGUUGGGAGUGAAAGGAUGCUUUCCUCUGAGAACCCUGUGUAUAAACCAUUCAUGCUACAGGGGUGGGUAUCAGGUAGUAGUGAUGGGGAAUGUUCGCCAGUGACAGUACUACGAGACACAGGAGCUGCUCAGUCUUUCAUGCUCUGUAAUGUACUACACUUACCUUCUGACUCGUACACAGGCUCUGACGUACUUUUGCGAGGGAUAGGGGUUGGGUCUAUAAAAGUACCUCUACACAAAAUUUACCUCAAAACACACCUGAUAACGGGAGAUGUUAUGGUUGGGCUUUGUUCUCAGCUUCCUGUGGAAGGGGUUGAAGUUAUAUUGUGUAAUGACUUAGCUGGUGGUAAAGUUUUUCCCCAACCAAUUGUUGUAAGUAACCCUAUUACUGACGAGAAAACUGAUGUGUCUAUUCAAUUUCCCUCAGUAUUUCCUACCUGUGUGGUGAUGCGGGCUCAAGCUCGCAAAUUUCAUGAUGUUGUGGAUCUUGCUGAUACUUUCCUACAGUCUUCUGAUGCUGAAGGUAUGAAUGGAAAAUUGUGUGUGGAUACAAAUGCUUCUCCGUGUCAAGUUACAAUACCGGAUAAUGUUCGGUUAAAAAUUGAGCGUUCGCAGUUAUGUGCUGCACAGAAAGCUGAUCCUUCAUUGAGUAGGUGUAUUACUGCAACUACAAACCAUACAAACAACCUUAAUGAUAAAGUCAUUUACUUUUGGGAGAACAAUGUUUUGAUGCGUAAGUGGGAGAAUGGCAAUAGUGUGUGCCAAAUUGUUGUUCCCACAAGUUACCGCCCCCUCAUACUAAGUCUUGCUCAUGAUUAUGUUCUUUCUGGCCAUUUGGGGAUCAGGAAAACUUAUGAUAGAGUUUUGAGGUAUUUCUUCUGGCCUGGUCUAAAGUCAGAUGUUGCUACCUAUUGUCGGUCAUGCCAUUUCUGCCAACUGACUGGUAAGCCAAACCAAACCAUACCUCCCACUCCAUUACAUCCCAUCCCGGUCAUGAGUGAACCGUUUGAAUGCAUCACCGUUGAUUGCGUUGGACCAUUGCCAAAGUCUUAGUCGGGUCACCAGUAUAUACUUACCAUAAUGUGUGCUGCUACACGCUACCCAGAGGCUAUACCGAUGAGAAACAUUAAAGCUAAAGGUGUAAUGAAAGAGCUGAUAAAAUUCUGUGCUACUUUUGGGUUGCCAAGAAUUAUUCAAACGGAUUAAGGUUCCAAUUUGACAUCCACACUGUUCUCGCAAGUUCUGCGUGAAUUAGCAAUUAAGCACCAAUUAUCGAUCACUUAUCAUCCUGAGUCACAAGGCACGCUAGAACGUUUCCACCAAACACUCAAAUCUAUGCUACGUGUAUUCUGUGUGGAAACGGGAAAAGACUGGGAUGAUGGUUUGCCGAUGUUAAUGUUUGCUGCUCGCGAGACAGUACAGGAAUCACUGGGGUUUAGUCCGGCUGAAUUGGUUUUUGGUCACACAGUACGGGGACCCUUGAGACUGUUACGGGAACAAUUACUGAGUGAGGCCUCUGCACCAGUGUCAGUGUUUGAGUAUGUGAGUAGAGUACGUGAACACUUGCAUAAAGUGUGUGAAAUGGCAAAGACGAAUUUGACAGGAAAGCAAAAGCGAAUGAAGCAGCGAUUUGACAGACCUAGUGUUACUAGGGAUUUCCAAGUAGGAGACUCAGUUUGGUGCUGCUUCCCAUUCCUGGUUCAACAUUGCAUGCAAGGUUGUCUGGACCCUACAUGAUAGAACAGAAGUUGAGUAAUACAGACUACGUUCUUCGUACCCCAGACCGUAGUAAGAAAACCCGUGUAUGUCGCCUCAAUUUGACUUUUAUGGGUUGAUGGUUAAGGUGGUCAAAAUGAAUUUGACUUUUAUGGGUUGAUGGUUAAGGUGGUCAAAAUGAAUUUGACUUUUAUGGGCGGAGGUGUUACGUCAGGAGACAUAUUGCGUGUGUGUGUGUGUGUGUGUGUGUGUGUGAGCGCUCUCUCUCCCUCCCCCUGUUUUGCUCUCACAGGUUGCUACGCCCAAAUUCGAUGUGCUGCACCGGGAUUGGAGAGGAAAAGAUUGGGCGUUGAUUUAAAAGGCGGAAGAACGAUGUGUCGGGGAAUGAGGAAUCGGAUGUGUGGCGUAUCUGAUAGUGUGCAUACCUUUGAAUAGCAAAUAUUUGUGAGAUCGCUUGCUUGUUGUGAGUGAGUGGCAGAAUCUGUGUUGUCCCAUUCCCCCGUGUUGUUUUGUGUUGUGGCUGAGUGUACGCCUCCAUUGUAAAUAUCGUCUUGUAAUUAUUACUUUUCUACUAAUCACGAAAGCAGUAGGGACUGGGUGCCAUUUAUUUUGGGUGUAUCUUUUGUUCGCUGUGUUUACCUUAGUUAGGGAGUCAGGUAAGACUCUGUAUUUUCUUUUGAACUACCCUUUUUUUUGUUAGGUAAUUUAAAGUGAUACAGGGCAAGUUAGUUACGGUUCUGUUUGUUAUUUUGGCCUUGCCCAGCCCUGAAGACAUUGGCUUUCUUAGUGACUGUUUGUUUUGGAUUAUCCUUCUUUCUUUCUUGUAAUCAUUAAAUUUGUAGAUAUCAAAGAUUUGAAAGACGUAUGUCUUUCAAGACCUUAUUUUUAUUAUUUUUUUGUUUAUACUUUCUUUUGUGUUACACCUCGACCCUAGACCGGGGUCGUAACAAACUACAGUCACGUCGCUGAUGUGUUUCACUAAUAAAAUAAAGAACACGUCUCUAAAAC